AUGGCAAAACGCCUUGUUGGCAAUGAAGUAAAAAGGAAAACAGUUAAAAAGGCUAAGAAAGGCAAACCCAAAAAACAAGAAAAAUAUGAAGAUGAUGUUGACAAUGUUGAUGACCAUGCUGAUAAGGAUGAUGAUGAGUUUGAUGAUGAUGAUGGUUUUGAUCAUGAUGAUCAUUGUGAUUAUGCUGGGCUCUACCCUGAUGCGCAAAACGCCAUGCACAUCAAUGAUGAGAAUGAGAAUGAGAAUGAAGAUACUGAGGAUGAAGAGGCUUCGCUUCAAAGGAUGGUGAAUGAGGAUAGAGAAAGCCGGGAAAUGAUGUUUGAAGUUUCUGCAUCAGGGAACCAUGCUCUUGUCAGAGGAGUAACACAGUAUGACAACAUUUUUGCUGAUGAAGAAGAACAAAACAAUGAAACUGAAGAGAAAAUGGCUGAUGAAUUGGACGGGGCAUACAAAGAAUUAGAAGAGUGUUACAAUAAAAUGAGUACAUUGUUAAAACAGUCAAAAACUGAAUACCCAAACAGCCUCCUGGUACACAUUAAAUACUCACAAUGUCUGACAUUGUUGGAGAACAUCUCAAAAUUUGUUGAUGAAAACGCCAAGGAAGUGCCAGCUGAAAGAGAACAAGGUAAAAAUGAACGUGAGGUUGAAAAUGAGGUUGUACUAGGAGGUGAAAAUGAAGAAGAAGGGGAGAAGGAGAUGGCUGGAAUAGAAAACGCCAUUGAAGUAGAAACAGUUGAUGAAAACGCCAAUGAAGUUGAAAAUGAAGGAGAAGGAGAAGGAUGA